ACCAGGAAAUAAAUCACGGAAGUAGCUAGCUGACACAUCCAUGCUUCUUUAAAAUAGCCGUGAUAUUGCAAUUUCGAGAUGCAAAGUGACGAGCAGAAUUCGGGGAUUUUAUAAUGCACAAAAUAUGAACCAAUAGCCAUUACAUUUGAUUGGUAAAAGACAUGAGACUUACAGUGUGGCCAACGAUAUCUAGCCAUGGUUAGCCUAGCACCAGCCGACACCUGUGACCUUAAUGACCAGUCCAUAAACUACACUAACGUUGCAGUAUGAGCAAUUCAUCAACCGAUGUUAAUCUGCCUCAGCUAAAUUCUCUCUGAGUUUCGCAUCUGUCCUUGGCUCGGUUUCAGAAGAGGAUAGAGUCGCUACGGUAUCUGCCAUUACAUUUCGUAUUUGAAUGAUGGGAGUCCGGAGCAUGUUUCAGAAAACCUCUUUCACGACGCUGAUAGUCGGGGUGUUCGUUGUGUAUGUUUUGCACACUUGCUGGGUGAUGUAUGGCAUCGUUUACACCAAACCUUGUGAGAACCCCAAAUUCGAAAACUGCAUCAACCCAUAUUUGGCAGGAAAACCAAGAUUGCAGCUGAGUAUCUACACAGCCUUGAGACCCAAUGCUGAUGGGGGACACACCCUCAUUCACGAGGAGGAGGACUUUGAUGUUGAGACCAAGUUUGAAAGGAUAGUGAAUGUGUCUCUCCCAAAGAAGACCUGUAAGAAUGGGACGCUGUAUGCCAUGGUGUUUCUUCACCAGGCAGGUAUGUCCCCGUGGCAGGACCCCAGACAGGUGCAUCUGGUGUCCCAGCUCACCACCUACAUGAUACCCAAACCACCAGAGGUCAGCCUGAUCUCAGGGGAGGAAGCAACACAGGCGGAGCAGCUGAAACGGAAGCCCAAAGGAGGUGACCCUGCAGUGGAUCGGCCCGUGUCUCACUGGCGCUCCCGUCUCACCCUCAAUGUGGUGUCAGAGGACUUUAUCUUCGACAGGGACUUCCUGCCCAGCGACGUGCACCGCUACCUGCGAGUAUUUCAAAAUGGAAAGAAGAGGGUGUACCUUCCACUGCUGUUUGUGGAUGAGCUGAGCAACAGAGUGAAGGACUUGAUGGAGAUCAACAGCACCAGCACGGAACUCCCUCUCACUAUCUCCUAUGACACUAUCUCCCUCGGGAAACUCCGCUUCUGGAUUCACAUGCAAGAUGCCGUCUACUCUCUUCAACAAUUCGGCUUCACUGAGAAAGAUGCUGAUGAAAUCAAGGGCAUUUUCGUGGAAACCAACCUGUACUUCUUAGCCCUCACCUUCUUCGUGGCUGCCUUUCAUCUCCUGUUUGAUUUCCUGGCCUUCAAACAUGACAUCAGCUUCUGGAAGCAGAAGAAAAGCAUGGUGGGAAUGUCCAGCAAAGCAGUACUGUGGAGGUGUUUCAGCACCAUUGUGAUUUUCAUGUACCUGUUUGAUGAGCAGACCAGCCUGCUGGUCCUCAUUCCUGCUGGAGUAGGCUCCAUGAUCGAGGUGUGGAAGGUGAAGAAAGCCUUUAAAAUACAGGUUAUCUGGAAAGGUGUAAAACCCACAUUUAUUUUUGGAAAGUCUGACGAAUCAGAGAGGAGGACUGUAGAGUAUGAUACUCUUGUGAGACUUGACACAUAUACCUUUUUUUUAUGUCCAUUUCAAAAAGCACCAAAAAUGACGUGUUCCUUUUGUCCUCAAUUUGUAUACAGUAGCGUUGUCAUAAAUAGCAACCGUUUGAUUUUCCUUGCAACGUUCUUCUCUUCCCAGGCAAUGAAGUACCUGUCGUAUUUACUCUACCCAAUGUGUAUUGGAGGAGCGGUUUAUGCCUUAGUGUUUUUGAGAUACAAAAGUUGGUUCUCCUGGAUCAUCAACAGUUUAGUGAAUGGAGUGUACGCUUUUGGAUUCCUCUUCAUGCUACCUCAACUCUUUGUUAACUACAAGUUCAAAUCUGUGGCACAUCUACCCUGGAAAGCAUUCAUGUAUAAAGCGUUCAACACCUUUAUCGACGACAUAUUUGCCUUCAUCAUCACAAUGCCCACCUCCCACCGGUUAGCCUGCUUCAGGGAUGAUGUGGUCUUCCUCGUCUACUUGUACCAGAGAUGGCUGUAUCCUGUUGAUAAGACCAGAAUGAACGAAUACGGACUGUCUUACAAUGAGGAGGAGAAACCCAAAGGAAAGGCCCACAAAGACUAAAACUGAUCACAGACACACAUGCAGGUCCUGAGAGCCAUAUGUAGAAUAUGGACCUACACGUUGCUGUGUUGGGAUUGGGUACAAUGCCUAUAAAACACAUUGGUGUUAUUUGUCAGAAGGUGGAUUUGCCUAGGGAAGGUUCAGCUAUCCUUACUGCCCUGCUAAGCCCCUCACUCCCAGCCAGUCACCACCCACCCACCUUAUACCUACCCAGACCAUUGAAGACUUGAGUGGGCUUUCCUAAGCAAUGCGAUGCCUAGCACAGCACUGGUUGAAAUGACCGCAGCUGCCUCCAGUUGAAGGAGCAUGGACCAACCCAUUAUGUAUACCAUGAUUGGUGAAUGUGUUUGUCUAUGGAAUGAGACCAACUCAGUCCCACACACCCCUUGCCUGCCUACACCUGUCGUCACCCCCCCAUCCAACUUAUAAAAAAGAACACCUGGUGUUUCAUAUCAUGUCAUCAUCAUCAGGAGACGCUGAAUGAUGUCACCAUGUUUUGUUCUCUUGGUCAAAACGUCCAGAAUCCUGUUUGAUCAUUCAGGAGAAGAUAUGUGCAUUGGUUUGUACUUGACCUUGUAUUAGAACAUGAAGACCAUGAGAUGAUGGUGCCAAAUAUGGGAAAUUAUAUUUGAUGUGCUUUGAAUGUGACAUUUUGUGAUGUUACAUUUUGUUAAUUGUUAUUAAAGCAUUUGAUAAUGUUUGAUUGUUUUGGUGGAGUUUUGAGUAAAUUAAUAAAUUGACUUCAGUGUUACAAGGA